AGCGGCUGAGAAUAUCGUUCUAGAACAAAGUGAUAGUUGCCCACAAAGUGACAGGCUGCAGACAGAAACAACAUGGUGUAACCACACCAGAGAGCACGCCGAGAAGAACGAGUUGAGAGAAGCUCUUGAGAGAAUAAUCGAAAGAUAAAACCAGAUCGCUUGAGAAUGGACGAGCAAAAGUCAGGGGGAAUUUUUGGAGGAGGAUAUUCCCCAUAUUCCUCGACUGAUCCAUCAAUGCAGGUUCCAGUCACAGCAAGUAAAUCCUCGAUCAUGUCACCCUAUCUGAACUUCGACCCAGCCUACAUCACACCAGCAGGUGAACCAGAAUUCAUAUUUCCAGAAGGAGCAAAUCGACAAAGAGGAAGAUUUGAAUUGGCAUUUUCACAAAUUGGUGGUUCAGUGUUUGCAGGGGCAGCUUUAGGUGGUUUAAAUGGUGUGUAUACAGGGUUUCGGGAGACACAUGCAGCCCAGCUGACUGGAGCAGUCCGAAGAACUCAAAUGUUAAACUACAUCACAAAGCAAGGUGCCUCUUCAGCCCAAUCUUUAGGAGUUGUAGCCCUCAUGUACAGUAUAUUUGGUGUGAUUGUUUCAUGGGGCCGUGGAGUAGAUGAUGAACUAAACACACUUACAGCAGCCACAGCCACAGGAUUGCUCUAUAAAUCCUCAGCUGGUAUGAAGAAGUGUCUACGAGCAGGAGGUAUUGGCUUUGGGCUGGCAGCUGUGUACUGCAUGAUAACCAGCAGGGACAGGUUAAAGAUGAUGAUGAAUCGGUGAUGAAAAGAACUUUGUUUUCUUACGACGUAAACCUGAAAGACUUUGAAAUGUUAAAUCACUUGUGUGACAGGAUCUGGAGAAUUUUUUCGUUUUGUUUUGUACGAUCAGUGUCUUUGUAAAGACUUUUUUAAUGCAAAGGAAUGACCUUAAUGAACAAAAGCCCCAGUGAUGUUAGUUUCAGUUCUCUUAACCAAGACAUGAUCAGUGUGGAUUUUAGACAUUUUCGAAACUUGUGAGCUGGUAAUGAAGACCAAGAUUGUGACAGGAUAGGUGAUAUUGAUGAUAGUGCUUUUAAGUUAUUACACACAUGUGUGUACAGAUGGUGAUGCAUGUAUGGAGUUGGUAUUAUAAAACCACACAUUUACAAGAAUCUGGGUCUUACAUGUAGAAUUUGACUGUUUUCCAUAAAAAAGAAGGGAAGUGUAUAAAUGAGGUAUUAAAUUGAAUAAUAAAUGACCUGGCCUCGCAGGAUAUUGGUUAAAAGGCCUUGGCAUUUUUGUCAGCUUACCUCAUUGAAGGGAUUGAGAGAGAUGAUAGAAAAUGAUUGCAGAGGUUUUUACUUCAAUUUUUUUUUUAAUAUGUUCCAUUAAAAAUUGAUAUUCUUGAAGCCUUUCAGCUGCAGUAAGA